AUGUCCCAAUCCAUCCUCGUCACAGGAGCCACAGGUAAACAAGGGGGUGCCUUGAUCAAAAACCUCAUUUCUCAAACCCAACCAAAUCGAUACACCAUCCUCGCUGUUACUCGAAACAUCAACUCAACAAGUGCUCAACGUCUUUUAUCGUCUUCGCCAUCCAUCAAACUCGUCCAGGGUGAUCUGGACUCACCUUCCGACCUGUUCAAGUCCGCUCUGAAGGUUUCGCCAAAUGAUAAGAUCUGGGGUGUUUUCUCUGUUCAAACCGUUUCCUUGAGGGAGCACGAUAUAGCCACUUCGACGGAGGUCAAACAAGGUACGGGUCUUGUCGACGAAGCUCUCAAGCAUGACGUGGAGCAUUUCGUUUAUAGUUCAGUAGAUAGAGGGGGAGAAGAGAAGUCAUGGAACAACCCUACGCCUGUGCCCCACUUCAAAACGAAACACCUCAUCGAGCAACACCUCAAGAGUUCCACCGAGGGGACUAAGAUGGGGUGGACGAUCCUUCGACCAGUCAUAUUCAUGGAAAAUCUCGUUCCGGGCUUUGGCGCCAAGGUAUUCCUCACUGCUUUGAGGGAUACGAUGGGUAGUAAAACAAUGGGUUGGAUAUCAACUUACGAUAUUGGAUUCUUUGCUGCUCAAGCAUUCAUCCAUCCUGAGAAGUAUAAUGGAAAGGCAUUGAGUCUCGCAAGUGAUGAAUUCAACUGGGAAGAGAUGAACGAGAAGUGGAAGGCAACAACUGGAAAAAGGGUACCGACCACGUUCAGUUUCCUAGGAUCAGCGUUGAAAGUGGGAGUGAAAGAGAUGGGAGUGAUGUUGGAUUGGUUUAAGGAUGAAGGGUACAAAGCAGAUGUGGAAGACUUGAAGAAAUUUAAUCCGAACAUGUUGGAAUUGAAAACUUGGUUGAAAACUAAGAGCGACUUCGUGAAGAGAUAG